CACUUGUAUCCCUACAUCUCAAACCAUAGGCUUCGGUCCUCCUUCUACCUUUGAAAUUAAAAGAAAAAGAAUCUCAACCUUUGAAAUCCAUUUACGUGCAUUUGCCCUGACAGGCCCCCAUCAAACGCCACGUUUUUUUAACAAAAGAAAAAAAAAGAAUCCAAACCAAAUUCCAGACAGAAAGGACUGUUCUCAUAUUCCUUUCUCUAUUUAUAUUGUAAACUUGAAAACAGUUAAAACCUACGUUUCAAGGAGACUUUGCUUCCUUUACGUUGCCUUAAUCUUCUUCUUUUUAUUCGUUUUCUCCAUUUCCAGAACCAAAACGUAAACGUUUUAGUUCUUCACAAUCCGUUCAGGCAUUUCUCAGAUCAUCUGGGAAAACCCAAAAAAAAUCUAACCUCUUUUAUCAGUUUCUCGUUUAUUCCACUAAUAAAAAUCUCAAAUUUUCUUAAUUUUUAACUCAAAAAUAAUUUUUUUUACAACCCCAGAAUUUUUCAUUGCUUAAAGAUCGUUUCUUUGAUAAACUACUGUUGUAUUUAGAAUUCGGAGGUUUUAAAAUAUUUUUGGGUCUGUUUGGUGACGGGGGUGGGGAUAUUCUAUUCCGGGAUUGGAUAAGAGAACAAAAAUGGUGGGAGGAGGAAAUAGCAGGAGGGAGGAUUCUCUGGUGAUUAACAGCACCAAUGUUUUUGCGGCGCUUGGAAGUUUGAAGAAGAAGAAGAAGGGAAGUGAAAAGGAACAUCAGGGCUCUUCUUCUAAGAGCAAAGGGAAGAAGGGGGGAGAGAAGGAAGCGGAGAAGAAAGAGGUGUUCUGGGCCCCAUCACCUCUCAAGGUGAGGUCUUGGGCUGACGUUGAUGACGAAGAUGAUGAUGAUUAUUAUGCCACCAUGGACCCCCCUGACUCUGCUUGGGACACUCGUAAAGAACCUGAGCCUGCUUUAGAGGAAAGUGAAAGUGAGGAAGAAGGUAUUGAUGAAGUUGAUGAUGAUGUUGAAGAAGAGCAUGAAAAUGAAGCUGAGGCCCAGGUAGAAGCGCAGCCAGUUGUUAACAAGCCUCCUGAAGCCUCUACUUUCACUAAAGAGACAGAAAGACAGCUUUCAAAGAAGGAACUGAAGAAGAAAGGGCUUGAGGAACUGGAUGCUGUUCUUGCUGAGUUAGGAUAUACCAAAGAGGAGACAAGUGGCCCAAAUGACUCCCAUGGCAUUGCACAGGGGAAAAAUGCAGAGAGGAAUGGGGAUAUAGAAAAGAAAGAGAAUGCUCCUGCAGAGAGCAAAAGUGCCAAAAAGAAGAAAAAGAAGGAUAAAUCAUCAAAGGAGGUGACAGAAUCAUCGCAGGGCCAGCCUGAAGAAACUGAUGAAACUAAAAUGCCAGAAGAUAUAUCCGCUGUUGAUGUGAAAGAGCGGCUGAAAAAAGUAGUUUCUACAAAAAAGAAAAAAUCAAGUAAAGAGAUGGAUGCUGCUGCAAGAGCGGCUGCCAGUGAGGCUGCUGCAAGGAGUACAAGGCUUGCUGCUGCAAAGAAAAAGGAGAAGAAUCACUACAAUCAGCAGCCUGUAAGGUAAAGUGGCAAAGAGCAUUGGCUUUUGCUUUUCAUUUUUGCUUCUCGCAUAUGAACUUGUACCCUCUCUUCGUUUUGUUAAUGGGAAGGAAAUAAACAUCCGUAAAUGGUUUUUUGUGAAUGCGACUAUUAACACUACACUUUUGUUCUCACAGAAGAAAACCACUUCAUUGUUUCUUCUUUCUCCUGUGGAAAAUCCUGCAAAUUUUCUAAAAUUUAGAUAAAUAUUAUAUAAAUUACUAAAUCCAUCUCAUGUAACAAAUACUCUAAUCUUGAUUUGAUUUUUAUAUUAUGCAGUCUUUUAUA